AUGGCAAAAGAAAAAGGCUACCUUGGGCUCAGAAAACGAAAGAGAAAAGGAGUCUCCGAGAGGAAAGAAAGAAAUGGGUCAAAGAAUCCCACAAAUAACAACAAAUAUUUCACCAAUGAUCCAGAGUGGGAUCAACAUGAAGAAGUACAUGAACAUUAUUGCAAUAUCAUUUGUCCUUGA